AUGGGAAAAGAGAUCCGAAAUGAACUAAAUGAGAACAAAUACAAAUACAAAAACGAGAAUAAGAGCUCUAAGAAAACUAAUAGAUGCAUAACGAGUAGUACAUCAGUAAAUGACAAGGGUGAUUCGGACGAUAUUACUGCAAAAGGAAAAGAAGAACAAGCCGUGAGAGAUGUGAAGGACUCAAGCAGGGGGAAAGACGAAUAUAAGGCAACUCUGACGGAUGAUUCUAAUACAUUGAUAGGAGAUGAAUUCAAGCUUUCAAAUCCUUUACCAAAGGUUGUGCAUUAUGAACGGCAAACCGGAAAUUUUGAUGAACAAACUUUAGUAAACGACGAACCAAUAAAUGGCGAGCCUGAGAGAGCAAUCACAUCCAUAUCUAUGGGCUCAAAUUCAAAUAUCGAGGCUGUUAAGGCAAGAAUUUCUCAAAUGCAAUACAAUCACAAUAGGGUAGCAUUGGAUAGAUCUAUAAAUUUGGCUGCCAGGAUCAUCCAGGAUCUCCGCCAAGAGAAUCGCAACCACCAUAUAUUUUAUCCAAUCUCAAGAGACAAUAAACUGGACAUAAGAUUAAAUUCAAAAGAUUCAAGAAUUGCAAUUAUGCGUCAGAAGUCAUUAUCUUGUGAAGAUAUCAACUUUCAUAUUGAACAAGCAUCCAAUUUUUCAGAAGAGAAUUCAUCUGAUUAUACCCGCGAACCUUUAGUAACCGGAAACGAAUUUGAAAUUUUGCGACUUAAUUAUCGGGCUGAUCAUGGGUCUGACGAUGUAGUGGGCUCCUUGGAUGAUAAUUCAAUUGCUAACUUGUUUGAUGAAAAAAUCACACAAAUCCUAAGGCAUUUGACAUCCCUAAAGGACAGAAUCGAUGACACAUCCUCAAAGGUACUAGUCACUGGUGACUUGAACUCUGGAAAGUCUGCAUUUUGUAAUGCACUUCUUAGACGAUCUGUUUUACCAGAAGAUCAGGAACCAUGCACUAGCGUCUUUUGCGAAAUAAUUGAUUGCUUAGAGAAUGAUGGAAUCGAGGAGGUUCAUGCAGUCCCAAUUGGCAUGAAAUACGAAAGGGAUGAUCAUCGUACGUAUAUGAUAUUUCAGAUCUCUGAUUUAGAUGAGCUUGUUUAUGAGGCUAAAACAUAUGCCCUACUUAUAAUAUAUGUUAAGGACAAUAGGCCACCUUCUCAAAGCCUACUAAGAAACGGUGUCAUUGACAUCAGGUUAAUCGAUGCUCCUGGUCUUAAUGUGGACUCAUAUCAUACAACCCAAGUUUAUGCUCGCCAAGAGGAAAUCGAUCUUGUCGUGUUUGUGGUGAAUGCUGCAAAUCAUUUUACACUUUCGGGAAGGGAGUUCAUCUCUAGUGCUGCUAAGGACAAAAACUUUAUGUUCAUUGUGGUGAACAAGUUUGAUGAAAUUAAAAAUAAGGAGAGGUGUAAGGGGAAAAUAGCCGAGCAAUUGCAAUCAUUGUCACCGGAAACAUUCAAGAAUUCUGAUGAGUUUGUCCAUUUUGUUUCUUCGAAGUGUGAUGAAAAUGGUGAAAAGCCCGAGGGACCGGAUGGUGAUCCAGGCGACAAUGAUGGAAAUGACACACCAUCGGGAAAUCCAAACUUUGACCAUUUAGAAGCCUCAUUAAGAGGUUUCAUUUUAGAGAAAAGGGCAAUAUCUAAACUUCUACCUGCAAAGACAUAUUUACGAAAACUCUACGGAGAUGUUAUUCUUUUGUCAGACCAGAACAUAAAGCGGACGAAGUAUCGCAAAGCUGAGCUACAGGAUAAUCUUCAGAAAGUAAGCCCUCAGUAUGAGAAUGCUGUUCGAAAUUCAGUUGAUGUUAAUCAAGAGAUACUUAAAAUUGUGGAAGAUUCCGCAAGUAAAGCGUACAUGAAUUCCAGACAGCAUAUUCAUAGUGUGAUUGGAAGUGUUGGACUUGAACCAUUGGGCAUUAGAUUCAGGGGUUACUCAAAUAUUUCCAACUUUGCAAGAUUGACACAGGAGGCAAUUGUCUCGAGGAUUUUUGAUAGCGUCUCUGAGUCGGAAGAAUUUGCCAGGAACAUUACUUCCGAUGCCGUUGAUCGGAUUAGGAACUGUGGAAUGAAAUACUUAAAGCCAGGAACUCUUCCGGUGACAAAAUUCAUUCCGGAUGCGAUGUACUCGAGGAGAAAAGACCAACUUCAGAGAACGAUUGAUAUAGAUUUCAGCUUUACCGACUUCAUCGAUCCUAAUUUCAAAGGAUUUUGCCAAACUUUUGGGAUUUCACUUCCUUCAGAGUCUACGAAUGCAUUAUUAAGUGCAGCGUUUUCAAAAAUUUGGAAAACUAGCAUUUCUGGACUUCUCAUUAUGUAUGGUCCCCAACUGCUUUCUACAAUCACAGGUGUUCAAUCAAUUGCUAGAUUCUUGCCAGAAGCUGUUACAAGAAAAAUUUUACCAGUUGCAACUGCUAUUGCAGCAAUAUGUUUACCUGUGUAUUAUAUUUGCAUCGAUGCACCCCAUGCCUAUCAAAGAAAUGUGAUGAAGAAGAUUAAAAAGGAACUCGAAAAGGAAGAUUAUGAGAACAAGAAUUCUCUCAGAAUUGCAAAAGAGGUCAGAAAGGUUUUAAACUAUCCCUCAAACGAUGUUUCAAUUGCAAUGAACGGAGUAAUCGAAUCUCAUAGUUCACAAAGAGCGAAAUUAAUAUCUGAGCUAAAGAAGGGGGAAUCAGGUAUGAAGUUCUACAAAGAAUUAAAAGCGAAUGUUGAGGCUCAAAAAAAUCUUGUUGAAUCCUACGAUUUGACAGGUAUCGACUAA